UAGUAAACCUAACCAUUCAAAGUUUUUCCUAACCUCUUUUCUAACCUCUACUGUUUUUAUUAAAUAUAUGUGAUUUUUGUGAGAUAGGUGUUGAUUUCGAUAUUGUAUCUCACAAAUAAUUGAAGAUAACGUCGCAAAGAAGCGAAACGGUAACUUCCUGUGUAAAAUCAAUUGUUAGGAAAAAAAUCUGUGCGAAAUACAAGUGUCAACAAGUUGACGACUUCUCACCGGUUAAACGUACACAAUGCCUAUAAAGUUCAUCGGGCGCACGACAGAUUUCAAGGGAAAACCCUUAUGGGAGAUUUUGGGCAACUUGAAAAACUUCGGCGUCGGAAGGAUAGUGAUAAGGAAUCGUUUUCAGAGAUAUCCCGAGUCAUGUUAUAUAAAAAUACUGAAAGUCGCUGCAAUGCCCAUGCCCGUAGAGCCUUAUACCGAUCGUAAAGUUAUGGUACUGGUUGAGAGAGUUUUCCGUGGUUUAAAAAACCCAAAACCUGUACAGUUGGAUGCUGUGACCUAUAAAGCUGAUUACAUGUUAAUACCGAAAGACCAGGAGCAUCUGUACGUUUUAAAUACAAAAGUGCCGGAGAUGAAAAUUCUACCUACGGAAACAGAUUUCCCACCGCUACUUUCUCAGUUAAUAAUGCAACAGAUGAAAGCGAAAGAUGUUGCAGCACCUGAAGUACCAAAAUUGUUUCUUCGGUAUAAUUUGAAUGGAGCGAGCGAGAAGAGUUAUAGAUUAGCUGAGAAGAAUGAAACUCCAACAGUGAAAUUGGACUUUGGUCUGGAUGACUCUAGUGUUCUUUGCCCAAAGUCAGAAGAGACGUCUUCUAAGUAAGAUUAUGUAUUAACAGAUGUUAGUUGGUUUUAAGAAUAAAUAUUUUAUAAGUUA